AUGGAGUUCUUCGUGAGCAAAACUAUUUUAAUCAUAGGCGCGACUGGAUUCCUUGGAAAAGUGCUCAUAGAGAAAAUACUUCGAACUCAACCAGAUAUCAAAAAGCUUUUUCUUGUCGUAAGAGCCAAGAAUUCUGAAGAUGCUCAAGAAAGAUUUAAUAAUGAGGUUUUGGAGAGUGAAUUGUUGGGAGUUUUAAGGGACAAAUAUGGUGGCAACCUGAGCACCCUUGUGGAAGAGAAGGUGUUCCCGGUCGCCGGUGACAUUUGCUCUGAGGAUUUGGGGAUUCAAAACCCAGACUUAAAAGAACAAAUCUUGGGAGAAGUAGACAUUAUCAUAAACACAGCUGCAACCAUCACAUUUGAUGAGAGGUAUGAUGUUGCAAUGAGGAUUAAUGCACUGGGUGCUAUGAAUCUUCUCAAUUUUGCCAAGAAAUGUUUGAAAGUGAAGAUGUUUGUCCAUGUAUCCACUGCUUACGUUUGUGGUGAGGGGACAGGAAUUGUACCAGAAAGGGCAUAUCAUCUGGGUGAAACACUUAAUGGCAACUCUUACUUGGACAUUGAUGAAGAGAAAAAGGUUAUAGAGGAGAAGCUAAUGGAGCUUGAAGCCCAGAAUGCAUCUGAAAAAGAAGUGAAAUUAGCAAUGAAAGAUUUGGGCAUCCAAAGGGCAAGCAUGCAUGGAUGGCCAAACACAUACUCAUUCACAAAGGCAAUGGGAGAAAUGUUGCUAUUGGCCUUCAAGGAGGAUUUGCACCUCAUCAUCUUACGUCCAACGAUAAUAACUAGCACUUACAAAGAACCUUUUCCGGGAUGGAUUGAAGGUGCAAAAACCAUCGAUAUAUUUGUGUUGAUGUAUGGUAAGGGAAAAUCGAACUUCAUGCUUGGUGAUCCAAACUCAAUACUUGAUGUGAUUCCGGUGGAUAUGGUGGUGAAUGCCAUGGUUGCAGCAGUUUUGCACCAUGCAAAUCAAGAAUCUUGUCAUCAAGAGUUUAUCUAUCAUGUUGGCUCUUCUUCUACCAAUCCUCUCAAACUUGUUGAUAUUCAAAACCUGUUGUUUCGUUACUUCACCGACAACCCUUGGACUACAAACACUGGAAACCUCGUCAAAGUACACAAAUAUCUGUUGCUUACGAGCAUGGCAAGCUUGCGUAGAUACAUUGCCAUUUAUCACCUCCCACUAUUACAGGUAUUAAAGUUGAUGAACGUGGUACUCUUCCAUUAUUUGGAUGAAAAGUGCAUGACCGCAGAAAAGAACAUCAACUUUGUCAUGCGCAUUGCUGAACUUUACAAGCCAUACUUGUUCUUCUAUGGAAUCUUUGAUGAUACAAAUACUAAAAGACUGAGGAUGGCCACUGAACAAAUCAAUAUGAUGGAAACACUUAACUUUGAUCCAAAUUGUAUUAAGUGGGAAGACUAUUUCAUGAAUACACACUUUCCGGGAGUUGUCAAAUAUACAUUCUAG